CAGAGUUUUCGUAAUUUACAAAAUAUGAUUUCUAUGUAUUAUAAAUUUAUGGUACAGAAUCCAUGGGAGACUCAAUGUAAUAUAUAAUAGUUGAUUAAGAGAACAUACAUAGCAUACAAUUUAAAAUGUAUAUAGCUUUCAAAUGGCUAAUUGGCUUAUGCUCGGUCAUGUGGAUCAUGAUGUGUAGUGUCGACAUAUAUUUGAAGAAGAGUAAGGAAAUUCGAAAGUCAGAUGUGAGUCCUAAAAUGUUUGGAUUUGUUUUUGAAAAUACCACAAUGCCGGUAAAACAAAUAACACGAGUCCAUGUUGAAAAGUUUAAUGUAUUAAAUAGCAAUCAAAAACAAAAUAUGGCUAUAUUACAUUACAUGACAUUCCUUGCUGGCGCAUUUAUUGUAUUUAUAUACAACAAGAAGAAAGAAAUCAUCUUAUGUACAAAAUACAUAGUCGCUAAAAUUAAUUUAUAUAUGUCAGCAACGAAUUUAAAAAAAUCCGCCAUUAUUAAUGGAGUUGCUAUGAUUAAAUUUUUAUUUAAAAUAUGGGUAAUUGUUAGAGAAGUUGCAUACAAAUUUAUAAAGGGCAUAUAUACGUUAAAAGCCAAAAGAAACGAAAAUCAACAAAAAAUAAAUAUUAUAUUACUUAAAAAACUAAAAGAGAUAGGAGAAGAACGAAAGAAUCUUGGGCAAAUAUUGAUUGCAGCGAUUCACGAAAAUAAGAACAUAAGAUUGCAAUAUCAAUUACAAUCAAUGGCGAAAAAUAGACUUUUACGACAUAUAGAUGACACACAGAAAAAAAUAAAGGAGAGCAGAUCUAGGUAUGUGAGUUUUCAACAUUUAUAUUUGGUUACACAUGAGGAGAAUAUUUUUUUAAAAGCUCGUGUGAGGAAGUUAUCACUAGAGAAGGAAGAUGCAGAAAAAAACCUUUUACGAUUAAUAAAAGAAAUAUAUAAAACAAAAAAUACUGAGCUUAAGACAUACUGUAGUCGUUUUAUUAUCAGAACCAAUGACAAUCUAUUGAAUUCGGACGUAAAGGCCGAGAUACAAAAAUUUUUAGAAAAUCCCAGAAGACAUACUACAACAGUUAAUUCGAACCGACAGUUUUCGUUACAAUCUCCAUGCAAAAUAAAUGAUACAAAAACUUUAUCUUCAUGUUCUCAUUCUAACAUUACCGAAAAUAUGCUACAGGAAAUCGAUAAUUUAAUUCCGUUAGUGUCAGAUGCUCCAAGAUUAAAAGGUCUCCCUGGAGAAUAUAUUUGGACUGUUAAAGAUAAAGAUGGCAUAAUAGAAAAAUUAUACGAAUAUGAUUAUGAGUCAGAUUUCGAUAAUGGUGAUAUUAUUCGAAGAAUUAGACAGUAUUCAGUCUAUUUCGAUAAAGAUUGCUUAUUGGAUUGUAUAAAUUCCAGAAGUGUUAUUUGUGGAGCGACAGAUACCGGAAUACAAAGUGCAUAUGCGACUGUGAAUUAUCCGAUUGCAAGUAAAAGAUUUUUGACAGGCUCUGAAAUUUUUAAAAAAUUUUUGCAAGAUACUAAUAAUAUUGUACCUUCGUCAAAUAUACCGAAGCCUCCUUUGCUUUUUGUAUAAUUUUUAUAGAUUUAUUGAAAUUGUAAAAAAUAAAA